CAGUCCACUUAAAUGCAGCUCCAGGGUUGGGAAGCACCCACCAGCAUCACUCCCUGUGCGAGGUGGCAAAUGCAACAUGCUCUCCAGCUUGGGGUGUCUACUUUUCUGUGGGAGUAUUGCACUAGCCCUGGGAAAUGCACAGAAAUUGCCAAAAGGUAAAAAGCCAAGCUUGAAAGUCCACAUCAAUACCACAAGUGACUCCAUCCUCUUGAAGUUCUUGCGUCCAAGUCCAAAUGUAAAGCUUGAAGGUUUUCUCCUGGGAUAUGGCAGCAACACAUCGCCAAACCAGUACUUCCCUCUUCCAGCAGAAGGGAAAUACACCGAGGCUGUAGUUGAUGCAGAGCCAAAAUAUCUGAUAGUUGUGAGACCUGCUCCACCCCCAAGCCAAAAGAAGUCAUGCUCAGGUAAAACUCGCCAACGCAAACCUCUGCAGCUGGUGGUUGGUACUCUGACGCCAAGCUCCGUCUUUCUGUCCUGGGGGUUCCUCAUUAACCCACACCACGACUGGACGUUGCCAAGUCACUGUCCCAAUGACAGAUAUUAUACAAUUCGCUACAGAGAAAAGGAUAAGGAAAAGAAAUGGGUGUUUCAGAUCUGUCCAGCCACAGAAACAAUUGUGGAAAAUCUAAAGCCCAACACAGUUUAUGAAUUUGGAGUGAAAGAUAAUGUGGAAGGUGGGAUUUGGAGCAAGAUUUUCAAUCACAAGACUAUGGUUGGAAGUAAAAAUAAAGUAAAUGGGAAAAUCCAAAGUACUUAUGACCAAACCCACUCAGUGCCAGCAUAUGUCCCAAAGAAGUUAAUCCCAAUAACUGUCAUCAAGCAAGUGAUUCAGAACGUCACUCACAGGGCUUCAACUAAAUCCCCAGAUAGGACUCCCAUGGGAGGAACCAUAUUAGUCCACCUUAUUAUUCCAGGUCUUAAUGAAACUAUGGUAAAACUUCCUAUGUCCAUAAUGUUGGAGAUUUCAGAUGCAAUUAAGGCACAACUAGCUAAGAAUGAAACCUUGGCAUUACCUGCAGAAUCUAAGACCCCAGAGGUUGAGAGAAUUCCAGCACAGCCCAUAACAGUGACUCCUGAUACAGUUCCAAGAACCACUAAACCCACUACAUCUAGUGCAUUAGACAUUUCAGAAGUGACACUAGUUCACAGAGAAAGAACUUCAGAAGUAUCUCAAACUAUUAUAAUGCCUAAGUUUGAAUUGCCAUUGAGCACUCUAGCUCCUAAAAGGCUUCCAGAAUUUCCUGAGUCACAAACACUCUUCCCUGUUGAGAAAACUGAGGGAUCUUUGGCAUCAAGUGAAAAGCCGUGGAUUAUACCAACAACUAAAACAUCUGAUGAUUCCAAAGUUUUCCAGCCUCAAACCGCAACUUAUGAUGUUUUCUCAAGUUCUACUUCUUCAGACGAGCUUGAAAUAGCAGAGCUCCACACAGCAACAAGUGAUCCUAUUCUGGAUUCUGUCCCACCUAAAACUUCUAGAACUCUUGAACAGCCAAGGGCAACACUGGCUCCAAGUGAAACACCGUUUGUUCCUCAAAAACUGGGGAUCUUUACCAGUCCUGAAAGACAACCUACAACAUCUGCUCCUUCAAAAACUACAUCUAUACCUUCUACACCUAAGCGACGCCCCACACCCAAAACACCAAGAACCAAAACUGAAAGAACCACCACAAGUCUUGGAACAAUUACAUCUAAAAUUGCUAAAAGGCCUGAACCUACACGAACCACACUGGCUCCCAGUAAAACCCUGUUAAUUUCAUUGAAACCUAAAAUACCUGUCAGCCCAGAAGUGAUAUACACCAGACCUGCCCUGGAACCUCAGACUGUGCCACCAUCACAGGCAACCAUAGUCUUAGGACCUGGAACCCCGGGAACCAAGCCUUCAAGAACCACAUUAGCUCCACCCAAGACCAAAAGACCAGGUCGUCGUCCCCGCCCUAAAACUACACCUAGUCCAGAUGUGCCCAAGUCCAAACCUGCUUUGCAACCAGCCACAGUGCAGUCGGAGCUCUGGGUGCCCUCGAUCGAUUCAAAACCACCAAAGCAGUUACUUCCUAAACCCACAGCCGCAUCAGAACCAGGCAUGCUACCAACUAAAUCUGUCUUUGAGCCUGUUACAUUUGAGACUGACGCUGCCUCGGUAACCAUAGUUUCUAUUACGGACAUUGAACCUGUCACUCUGAGAACUAAGGCGCCAAUGACAACAUUAGCUCCAAAAACAUCACAGCGAGCAAGAACACGCCGUCCACGUCCCAAACAUAAAACUACUCCAAGCCCAGUGAUACCUCAGACUAAAUCAGCUCCAACAACAACAACAACAACAACAACAACAAAAAGAGCCCGUCGCCCACAUCCCAAACCUAAAACCACACCCUCUCCUGAAAUACCUCAGACCAAACUAGUUCCUGCCACAACCCUUGAACCAGUUAUGCUUACAACUCAGGCUCCAGGCACAACACUAGCUCCCAAAGCACCUCAGCGAACUCGUCGUCCACGUCCCAAACCUAAACCCACACCAAGUUCUGCAGCACCUUGGACUGAACUGGUUCCUGCUACAAUCUUUGAACCAGUUGUUCCCAUAAAAGAGACUCCAGGAAUGGCACCCGUUCCUGUUACAGAUCAUAUACUUGUCACAGACCUUGAACCAGUCACAGACCUUAAAACUGUCACAGUCCUUGAACCUGUCACAGAGCUGGUACCUGUCGUUGACCUUGAACCUGUCACAGACACCGAGCCUGUUACUUUUAAAACUGAGACUCCUGGAACAAUAGCUACCAAAAUAGUACAAAGAACCCAUCUCCCAUGGCCUAGACCUAAAACCACAACAAGCCCUCCAGCAUCUCACACAAAACUGGUUCCUGCUACAGUUUUUGAACCUGUCACUCUUAGACCUGAAGCCCCAGGAACAACGUUAGUCUCUAAAAUAUCACAGAGGACACGUCGCCCACGUCUCAGACCAAAAACUACACCACCUCCUGAAGCACCUGAGUCUAAACCAGUUCCUACUGAAGAGCUUGAAACUGUGACAGUUCAAACUGAGACUUGGGUGACCACACAAGCUCCUAAAACACCACAACGGAUCCGUCGUCCACGUCCCAAACCUAAAACCACACCACGUCCUGAGACUCCUCAUACCAAGCUGGUUGCUGCUACAGAUCUUGAACCUGAUACUUUUAGAACGGCAGCUCCUGACACCGUGGCUCCUAAAACACAGCGAACACGUCGUCCACGUCCCAGACCUAAGACCACAUCAAGUCCUGAAAUACUUCAGACCAAAUUGGGUCCUCUUCUGUCAGCUACUACUGAGCUAGAAACUCUUACUUUGAAACCAGUGACAUCACCAAGCCUAGGAAUGACACAGAGUCAACCUGUUUCUGGUAUUCUGGAGUCGGUUACAUUUAGCACUGAAUCAUCAAAGAAGACCAUAGCGCCAUCAAAAACAGAUUAUGUCUACCCUACUGCCAAAAUACCUCUCAGGCCUGAGGAACCAAAGACUGAAGGAGUUGUGGAUUCUAUUACAGAUGUGUCUGAACCUCCUGAAACCACACGAGCUCCCAGGCAGACACCACGUGUUCUUCCCAAGCCAAAAACAUCACCACGCUCAAGAAUCACUCAAACACCACCAGUUCCCAAGGAAUCCCAGCAGACUACUUCAAAACCAAAACCGUCAGCAAGUCCAGAGGUGUCAUUCACCACACCUGUUUCGAAAGUUGUGCUUCCAUCUCAUAAACCAGACCCACAGGAUUCUCAGAGUGAACGUGCUCUGCAACCUAUUACCUUUAGAAUUGAUCUACCAAAGGCCACACUAGCUCCUUUAGAAACACGAGGCAUACCUAUGAUCUCACCAAGUCCUAGUCAAGAAGAACUACUAACCACUCAAGAAGAAAUAGACCAGUCCACCCAGGAACUCCUCACAACUAAAAUUAUAAGAACAACAGAACUGGCAAAGACAACUCAAGCACCAUAUUGGCUGUCUACAACUGUGAGGCCCAGGACACCAGACAAACCGCCUGUCAGAUUUAUUCCAGAUAAGACAAGACCUGCCAGACCCAAACCCAGUGGGAUGCCCAGCAGGAAUGGAGUGGGAACAGGGAUCAAGCAAGCACCCAAGGUACCAGGGACUGGCAGGAAUGUGUCAGUGGAUACUGUGCACUCUACAAAAAAGCCAGCUGUAAUACCAGGGACUCGACGCCCACCCUUGCCACCUAGACCUAUACCCCCAAGAAGAAAACCUUUCCCACCAAAUAUCAUCACUGGAAGACCAGCAAGUACAGGAACCAUUUCAUCAGGCCGAGUAACUUCACCACCCCCAAGGGCAACACUGAGUCCUACUGGAGCCCCCUCAGAGGAAGAGGAAAUGGAUAAAAAGCAACCAACUGCUCCUGCCUCUGGAGAGGAACUUGGUAACUCAACUGACUUUAGCUCAAGCCCUACAAGAGAAACCGAUCAUAGUGGGAAACCCAGAUUCAAAGGUCCUCAUGUGCGAUACAUCCCAAAGCCAGACAGCAGCCCCUGCUCCAUCACCGACUCCAUUAAACGGUUCCCCACAGAGGAGGCCACAGAAGGGAAUGCUACCAGUCCACCAAUGAACCCACCCACCAACCUCACAGUGGUCACUGUGGAAGGCUGCCCCUCGUUUGUCAUCCUAGACUGGGAAAAGCCACUGAAUGACACAGUCACUGAAUAUGAAGUAAUAUCCAGAGAAAAUGGUUCAUUCAGUGGGAAGAACAAGUCCAUUCAAGUUACAAAUCAGACUUUCUCCACCGUAGAAAAUCUGAAACCAGAUACAAGCUAUGAAUUCCAGAUUAAACCCAAAAAUCCGCUUGGGGAAGGUCCUGCGAGCAAAACAGUGGCAUUCAGUACUGAAUCAGCGGACCCAAGAGUGAGCGAGCCAGUUUCUGCCGGGAGAGACGCCAUCUGGACUGAAAGACCCUUUAAUUCAGACUCCUACUCAGAAUGUAAGGGUAAACAGUAUGUCAAAAGAACAUGGUAUAAAAAAUUUGUAGGAGUGCAGCUGUGCAACUCUCUCAGGUACAAGAUUUACCUGAGCGACUCCCUCACAGGAAAGUUUUAUAACAUAGGCGAUCAGAGGGGCCAUGGAGAGGAUCACUGCCAGUUUGUGGAUUCAUUUUUAGAUGGCCGCACAGGACAGCAACUCACUUCUGACCAGUUACCCACCAAAGAAGGUUAUUUUAGAGCAGUUCGCCAAGAACCUGUCCAAUUUGGAGAAAUUGGUGGUCACACUCAAAUCAAUUAUGUGCAGUGGUAUGAAUGUGGAACUACAAUUCCUGGUAAAUGGUAGAUGCUGCAAUGAUGCUCAAAAGUACCUUCUGCUUCAUCAUGGCAAAAAAAAAAAUCAUUGGAACACUAUGGUAUUUUUAAUGUUCAUUCAAAGCUAUUUUGUUUACUAUGUAUAAAGUCUACAAUCUAAGUAGCAGUAUUAGAUGUUUAUUAGAAAAGAUUGCUGAGAAUAUUUAUCAGGUUUUACAAAGUCAUUU